GUCAUAAAAUUUUCACGUGAUCUAAAAAUGGAGUCGGAGAUCAUUUGUGGAGGAAUGAAUAAGAACGAGCGACCUGCCGAUGCGGCCAUACAGGAACUAGCAGACAAAGUUAAAGUAUCCGUAGAGGAAAAGUCUGGUAGAAAAUUUACUGAGUACAGGGCCAUUACAUACUGCACUCAACUGGUAGCAGGAAUGAAUUACUUUAUUAAAGUAUGUGUUGGUACUGAUGAUUACAUUAUGUUACGUAUCUAUCAAAACCUUGAUGAAGAGGUAUCUCUCACUUCCUACCAGCUGGACAAGAAAGAUAAUGACCCAAUUGAAUAUUUUUAAUAAUUUAAAUUUUGCUGUUGUAAUAAAUGAAUUAGAGUUAAAAUUGUUUUUAUAAACAAAA